AUGAACACAAUACUCGGGCUAUUCCUCGGGCUGGUCCCAGGAAGUCUACUGAAAUCCGAUCUCCCAAAUUCCGGAUCGAGACACUACUAUAUACCCAUCAUGCAAAGCUCAAAUUUCCCUAUGAGUGAAACCAAAGAGCACAAGAGCACACCAAUUCCGCUUUCAAGCGCAUCCCCGCCUUCUUACAACGACGUAAGCGGCGCCGUUAUCAUAAACCAAUAUGGCAAACCUCAAUUCCUAUCACCAGAGGAAGAGGUAGAGCGACAACAUCGGCUACAGCAAGCGGUGCGCGAGAAGAUGUUAGGGUUACCACGAACGACAAAGUUCGAAUGGCACCAGGGAACCUCAGGGACAUCAGGAACUGUGAGCGAGGAACCACCACUACCGCUGUAUACACCGCGAGAAGAUGAGAAGAAAUGA